AUGCACCAGAAAAAAUCAUCAUGCGUAUCUCCAGUUCAAUCCCCUAGCCCGCCCAAUUCGGUUCAAGAGGUUGCCAAUUCGGUACAAUCCAUGGACAAACGAUUCGGCACUACGUUUGAAUCAUGGAUUAAAUCUGAAAAAAACAUAUCCUACAUCUGUACAUUCAAACGCAGCCUAUUUGACCGCUACAUAAAGACAGACCCUCAGCAAACCAUCUACGCCCUGAAAUGGAUGAUUGAGGGAUGGUCCAUUGCAUCUGUUUCCGAAGUUGUCCUUAAAUUGUAUUAUGCUAUGAAGAUUGAUUCACCAGAAUUUGGACGAAUUGUAGGCGCAGUGGUGGAUGAAUGGAAUAUCCCAGAAAUUAUUGGGUUGGUCAAUGUGUUACUGAUUGGAGAAAAUGCUGAUACGGCUGCAAAGUUUAUUGUUUAUUUGACUGACCAAUGUAGACAAACCAGUAUCAAAUCGACACUCAAUGUGUCGGUGAAGCGUGACUGGAGGUCGAGCGAUCGUGUGCAGCUUGUUCGAGAAGUGGCUACUACUCUACGGUGGAAAACAACGUUUCUGCAAUCAUUUUUGGCUUGUUAUGUUUCGCAGUGUAUUUCAGAUAGCGACCGGCAAAAAGGAAUUAUGGAUUCAGUAAUUCAAGAGUUUGACGAUUUACAGGCUAUCGCCACGUUUAAUCAAUUUGCUAGACAACUGGCUUGCAAUGCAAACAUCAGCCUUGAUAAGAUACCCACAAGCAACAAUCUAUCGACCAAUGAUAGUAUCGAAUAUGUUGAAAAUGUAGGUAUAUCGCACACUGAUCGAGAUAGCGACGAGGACAGCAACUCUACUUUUAUUGCAGAUCGUGGAUCUACUUUAGACCCACCCGUUAGCCAGCAUAUUCAAGACUGUCCAACUCUGGACAAUCGCUUCACACAUGAUAGAAGCCACAAUGUACUACAACCCACAGUUCAGCAACCAUUAGCAAAAUCGCCUACAUUUCAACCUUCCACUCACGACUUGACUCUACCCAGUCCGCCAGAAUGUGCUCCAAUUUCGUUCAUGUCACCUUUAGACUCGCUCCGAUCGCGUCGAUCUCAAAGUCGCAUAGCACUCUUUACAAUGUUGUUUGAAAUUGUAUUGGCGGAAAUUGAGCUGGAUGAGUUGGAGAAAUCCAUGACGCAGCUGGGAAGAGGAAUGCUGGUACAUAUGGUUGCAAAUGCACUUCAACAGCAUGCCGAGUCAGACGUCAAGGCGUAGUGUCGUGAUUUGCUGAAGAUGGGCUGAUAACAACUCAUUUUUGAAUUAGAUAGUUUUUGGAAUUAAAAUAAUGUUUAUAUUUUUAAA